GUCUUUUCUUUGGUUUCGCUUUUUUUUUUUUUUUUUUUUUUUCCCAUCCAGUCUCCAUUGUUCAUUUUGUUCAUAAGCAGCGCCUUCCAAACUGGCUUGCUUUCUGAAUGGCGCAGGUCUCUCCGCCAGACGUGUACGGCAUUGUCGAGCCGAAUGUCUAUCGCAGCAACUUUUGGCACCCGUCCAACUUCCCCUUCCUCAAGAGCCUCGGUCUGCGCACACUCCUCGUGCUCUCUCCAGACAAGCCACUGCGCCCGAUCGCUGACUUUUGCGAGGACAACAGCGUCAACGUCGUAAAAGCACUGAGCACUCGACCCCCACCAGCAACCAGCGUGCCGUCCGUCGUCGCUCAUCCGUCCUGCGUGUGUGUGUGUGUGUGUGUGUGUGUGUGAAUGACACUCGCUUUGUUUGUGAUAAUGCAGAUCCAUCUCGGACUGAGCGCGUGGAAGCUGGACGCGUCGUCGUGGAAGCCAGUCAGCGACGAGCUCGUCAAGGAAGCGCUCGAGAUCACGCUCGACGUCACAACACACCCAGUCAUGCUCAUGUGCAGCUCUGGCAUUCAUCAGACAGGAACGAUCGUGGGCUGUCUAAGACGACUCCAGAACUGGAAUCUGACAUCAAUUUUAAACGAGUAUCGGUUAUAUGCUGGCUCCAAGAGUCGGUACACGAACGAGCAAUUCAUUGAACUUUUCGAUCUCGAUCUAGUGCGCGUGCCUCUCAGUCCUCCGGCGUGGUUUGUGCAAAUGACCGAGCCAAUCGAGGGUGCGGUCAAUUACAACGAAACGGCCGAGCGAUGACAAAUUUCUGCCUCCCCCAGCAAUGUUUGCGUCGAAUUCGAUUGUAAUGUUGUUUCAUCAAACAGUGGGGAAAAUAGUUGUCCUAGUAUUCUGUGGAAACCGAACAAAGGAGUGUAUUUUCA